CCACCAAUCUGUGCUCACGAUUUACUACAAUGUCUGAAAUUAAACCUAUGGCUCCCUAGGAUUUCCAGCUAGCAACGCUAGCUCUUAGUCGUAGCAUCAUCUGUUUCUGUUUCUGGUUGCGACUAAGAGACUUUUUCCAUAACCUUAGUCUCUGCUCAGUGAGAAUUCGCGUUUCAUACCUUGACUACUGAUAACUUUAGGCAUUUUGAAGAACUAACAUCUUUGUUCACCUCAGGUCUGUUUGAGCAACCCACGGCACCACAAAAAGAGUGCUGCAUGGAGAUUGCUACACUGCCAACAAAAACACUUGUACUGAGUGGACAGGACGUCUUCGAUCAGUCGUUUCCCGCAAAAGGAAAAAUAUGCCAUUUGUUGACUUGCAGAGCAAUUUACCAGCAAACUCAUUCCCCGAAGAGUUUCUGAAAAAGAUGUGCUCAUUUGUAGCGUCCAUUUUGGGAAAGCCAGUUGACAGAAUGCACUUGAUUGUGAAGCCGGGGUUACCAAUGAUAUUAGCGGGGUCCUGCUCUCCCUGUGUGGUGAUGUCGAUAUCAGCUAUUGGUGUAACUGACACUGCCGACAAGAAUAAGGACCACAGUGCCAAGCUUUUUGAGUUUCUAACCCGAGAGCUUACUCUGACUGAAGACAGGAUUGCCCUUCAGUUCUACAAUUUGCAACCUCACCAGGGUUAUCCUCAAACUGGUCACGGGAGUGCUGGAGCCUAUCCCAGCAAACUUCAGGCAGGAGCCAGAGUACUCCCUUAACUGGUUGCCAGCAAACAACCAUCUGCAGUCAUAUUCACAGCAAGAUAAAUUUAGGGUCUUCAAUGACUUUACCAUGCACAUUUUUGGGAUCUGGGAGGAAACCGGAGUGACCUGUGAAAACCCACGCUGGCACGGGGAGAACUCUAGACAGGCGGAUUUGGAAUUUGAUACCCGGUACUCAGAACUGUGAGGUAGCAAAGCAAACUACGGCCCGCGAGACACAUCUGGCCCGUUGACCAUUUUAAUCCGGCCCGCCAAAGAUUUGUACAGAAUUGCCCAAAUCAUAUCAAAAUCAUGGCUACCUUUGUUGGGCAGUCUGAAAGGCAAAUGGUUCCACCAUGUUGUUUGUGCUGAUAUGUCCACUUGUUCCACCAAGCAGUAUAUCCAGCGAUGCAUUGAGUUGACUUGGGGGUUCUGUUUCAACUCUCUCUCUCUCUAUCUGUUAAGAGUCUAUAGAGAAAUGUACUUGGAAUAUUGCGCUUACAGUAUCUAUGUUUAGGUACUUAGUGUACUGUGUUGUCAUGUCAAUUCUGCACUAAGUUGCUGAUUUAACACUAUUAGUUCAUGUUGAUGUAACUACACUAUAACUAAUGUGGCAUACAUUGCCAAGUUAUGGAUACAGUUAAGCUAAUGCUGUUUUUCUUGUGAAUAAGUGAUAUUCCUGCCACUUGGAAACUGCUGUUCUGAGAAUUGCCAUAACAAAACCAACACCAGACUUUGACGCACUGGCAAAAAAUAAAAAGUGAUCAACAAAUAAAAUAGUUCCGUUAUAAAUAAAUCUAAGUAUUAACACUUUAAGUGUGUCUUAUACCCAUAUUUAGUCAUGACUGUAUUUGAAUUUCCUCAUGUCCUCAGUGGAGCCAGAUGUGUCCUUGAGUGACAUCUGCGUCUCUGCACGUAGGCUAACCUUGCUGAACUGUAUAGUGGACACUUUUUGUAAUAAACCAUUGCCAGCUAGAACCAGUUGAGAUAGAAACCCUUUGUCUAAGUGGAAAUCCCCGAUCUCAUGCCACAGGUUUGAUACCACCCAUGGUCUGCCCUUCUGACAAAAUAAAAGAUGUCUGCUUUCUCUGUACCUUCGCACUUGUGAUCAGCCACUGUCUUUAACUCAUAAGUGCCCGGAAUAUUCUGUAAGUAAAAAAACUUUGAAGAAAUUG